AUGCAAGCUUCUGGCAUGAAGCCCGAUUUUCACACUUACUGUGUGGUGUUGGAUGGAUUAUGCAAGACUGGACAUGUUGACGAAGCAUUCCAAUUAUUCCAUGCUAUGGAACCUGAUGGAACAGAUCUUCACAUUGUAAUGUACACUAUCAUACUUGAUGGGGUGUGCAAAAGCAGGAGGCUCGAUGGUGCCCGAGAUCUUUUAAAAAAUCUCUCCCUCAAAGGAUUGGACCCUGAUGUCAAAACAUACAAUAUCAUUAUUACUGGCCUACUUUCGGAAGGCCUGCUCAUCGAAACUAAUGAGCUUUUUGAGAAAAUGAAAGAUAAUGGUUGCCGGGCAAAUACUGUUUCAUACAAUAUUCUGCAAGAACUCCUUAAAGGAGGCCAUUAUAAGGACGCAUUGGUGUAUCAUGAAGAAAUGGUUCGCAGAGGUUUCUUGCUUGAUUCAUCUGCUUUUUCCAUUUUACUUGGUUCAUCUACUGAAAAACAGAAGAAUCCUUCUCUGCUUAUGUUGAUGCUGAAGAUUGAUCCCGAUGUGCUGGUGGAAGAAGCUGUGGUCUUUAGGGCAGUUGAAUUGAUAUGCAUACUCUAUAGCAGUUCGCAGAAACCUGCUGCUGCUAAUUGGAUAUGUACCACUUCUUCAGAGAGACUUCAUGAAAUUACUAUAAUUAAGUGCCCUCUGGACAUAAGAUGGGUGAAGCAGAGCCCACCGGUCUCCACUGGAGGAGAUCCAAAACACCUCCAGAAGAGCAUGAGCCCUGUAGCCUCCAAAAAAGAGCAUGAGCUUUUGGUAAGAGCAAGGAUGCAGAACCACAAAAGCAGUAUAUUCUCGAACAAGGCAUUUCCAUGA